UUCGAAUCGACGGGCAACUGGCUGUUACACUGCACUACACUCUAUUAUACGUACACACAUACCUACGUGAUAUAAACAGUGCUACGUGUCGAAGAGAUCAUAAUACACAUACCUGCUGCAGCAGCAUCGUGAUGAUUCGGACGAACUACCUGGUCGUUUGUAUUUUAUCCAUCGCAGCCUCGCCACUGCCGCCGCCGGUGACCGGCGUCAGCAACUUGGGUGACGCGCUGGUCCAGGCCAACGCCAAAGGGUUUCCGGCAGGCCUGCUGUACAACGUGGCCGGACUGGAGGGCCGUUCGGGCAACGACAAGGAACAACUAGCCAAAGCCCUGGACUCGCCAAAAGUGCAGCAGGAAGCGCGUAAGGCAGCCGUCGAAUACGCGGUCAAGGACCUGCCAACAAGUCGCGAGAACACAGACGGAUACUGCUCGUACUCGUGGCUGAGAUGGUUGCCGUUCAUGGACUGCGAUCAGCAACCGGAAGCAGCCACCGAGGUCCGACAGGCUAUUCAGCUGAUCAACAACAAGCGAAACUGUAUGCGGUGAAUAAGUGUCGAACAUACAACGUCACGAUAUCAUCAUUAUAAUCUUAAUAAUAUAACAAUAAUUUUGGCAUGGUUUUAAAAAAAAUAGUAUAUAAUUUAUGUAUCCAAACGAAAUAUGAUAAUAUACGAUUUACAUUUUA